AUGCAAGCUGUGUCUGCAGCGGUGCAGAUUUUGGUUUCCUUAAUUAUAGGCAAUAUCGCUGAAUGGGUAGGGUCCAUCAAAUGGGUUAUUGUGUUUCUUUAUUUCCUGUCCUUUGUGGGGAACUUCCUUUAUUCGUGUGGUGGUGCAAUUUCGUUGAACGCCAUACUUGGAGGACGUAUAAUUUGCGGUGCAGCCUCUGCUUCCGGCGCAUUAGUGUUCAGUUAUAUUACAGCUAUUACCCAAGACAGAGCCACGGUGUUCAAGCUUCUAGCAAUAUACAGAACAUCAGCUGGUAUCUUCAUGAGUGUGGCUCAAUUAAUCGUCAUACUUUUUGGGUUCUGUAACUUUGAUGUUAAAGGAUAUCGUAUUAACUCAUACAAUGCACCGACAUUCGCUUCGAGUUUCAUUAUUCUUGUGAUAUUAGUGCUCUUGAUUGUGAUUUUAGAAAACCCUAAGGUGAAAGAAACAAGACAACAUGGAUUCUCUGAAGCCAUAAGAAAAUUCUUUGGAGCUAAAACGCAAGUACUUAUUUCAUGCUUAAUCCUGUUAUGGAGCAUGUUUCUUUCGUCCUUUAUUAUGUGUGAAGUGAUCUACUUUAUGCCAAUAUUCUUAACACUUCAUCUCAACUGGGGGACCAAAAUUCAAGGUCUAGCAUUAAUGGUUGCAACUCUAUUGGGUACAGCUGGAAGUUACUUCGCACCAAAGCUGGUACAUUUACGGACAUUUUCCAGUAGUGCCAAAGAAACCACUGAAAUCGAGUCGGGUAUUACUGAAGCCGAACAAAUGGAGAAACAAAUCGAAACAGAUAAUAGAGAUCCUUUAUACGAAAAUCAAGUUCUUCUUUCACUCUUGGCAUUGCUCAUCUCAAUGGUCGGGCAAGCGUUCAUGAUCGGAGCUUCCGAAGCAUUGAAACAUGGGUCAAUGCCACCAACGAAUUCUGGCAUAUUUUUUGUUGCAGGGCUGUCGAUCACCAUGUUGGGAUAUAACAUCUUGGCGUCUGCGAUUCCAUCAAUAUUUUCCCUGUACAUAGAUUCAAACGUCAAGGUUCGAUUGAUGCCUUCAGUUGGAGCUAUUGCAGGCGUUGGAAAAUUAGUAGCACCCAUUAUAUUAGCCGCCCUAUAUAACACAAGGUUUGGACUUUCAAUUGGUGUUGGAUUUGGUAUGAUGCUGGUUACCCUUUCUUUACCACAAGUUAUUUGGCUUAAAAAAAAGGUGUUGAAUAGGUGA